GCAAAGUUGUUGCCAGAGCCCAAAGCGCAGCGAUGACAAGAGGGGGCAAGCGCGUGUCGUCCUGAUCCGUCCCCACGAGCCUGGCAUGUUACCGCCACGGCGUCAUCAAUUCGCGCCACAAAAAGGGAAGCUGGCGAGCACGCGCGUGGUGACGCGGCCGGAAUAGAAAAUUCGCAUCCCGAUCCCACCCCGCGGACUCCCCGAGCGGAGCCUCUCUCUCCGCCCUUGCCUUGCCUGCCCAAUUCCUCCGUCCAACGCAACGCACGUUACACUUUCUACACUCCAGCCCGAAUGGCGGGGGAGGCCGGGGCCGAGAUUCCCGCGCCCGCGGCCCCUCCGCUACCCGUUCCCGAGAAGCGCGUUGUCCGGGAAGAGGACGGCGGGGAGGGGGAGGUUGAGCGGCACGAGCCGAAACGGCGCCGCCCCAGCGUCGCGGCGCUCGACGGCGUCUCCUGCGCCGUGGCGCCGGUGGAUAAUGGAGAGGCUGAGGAGGAGGACGGGCACGUGGAUGAAGGUUCGUUCUUCUCGUUCCAGCACGCGCGCGGCGGUUUCGGGGCGCUCGAGACGACGCCUAAAUUCGGGUCCUUCCAUCCGCCCGCGCCCCUCGCCGAGCAGGGGACCCUCGACCCGAAGCUUGCGCCGCCUGCCGCGGAAGAUCCGCCGCUUGUGGAGGAGGAGGAGGAGGAUGCGGCGUCGGCCCGCGGCGUCGGGGAUGGCGAAGGUGGGAAUUCACAACUAGUGGCGGCGGUGGGCGAUCAGGAGCAGCCGGUAGGACAGAAUGAAUCGGAAUGAGGCGCAUUCUCACUUUUGACCAGCAACACAAGUUGCCUGGAGUGGUGGUAUAGUCAGAGUCCGAGAUUUGCUUUAUUUUGUACACUGCAGCCCGCUUUCCAUUUUCAGGGCAUCAAUGCUGCUAGUUACAGUUGAAAGGGCAUCAGCAGUAGCACUACCACCGUUCUCUUCUGUGAUCAUGGUGUUAGUUACAGUUGUGAGGGAAUGAAUGUCAAUGUUUUUCUUUCCUGAGGGAGUCGAAGUCAACAUUGAUGCAAGUACACUUCACCUGGGCUACCAUUCCUACCGUAUCUUUUGUUUAAUAGUUAAUUCCACUUUUUAAGCU